AUGACCCAGAAGAUUGACGAUGUGUUGACAAGGAGGAAGGAUAGGCGAAGGCAGAUAGUUUUGGAAGAAGACUCGUUCGCCCCAGAAAUCAUUGCGGUUCCUCUACCAAAGGGUUUCAAACAACCAAUGAUAGAAGUGUAUGAUGGAGUCACCGAUCUACUUGAUCAUCUAUGCACUUUUGUUGAUUUAAUGAGACUGUACGUAGCCACAGAUGCCGUGAUGUGUCGAUCCUUUUCACCGACGCUGAGAAGGGAAGCGAGAGAUUGGGUAGCCACUCUGGCGCCACGAUCAAUCAAAACAUUUGAUGAGCUCUCUAGAAGCUUUGUAGCAUAUUUCAUGAGCAGCAAGAGAAAGAAAAAGACCGCCAUAGGACUAAUGCAAGUUGUUCAAGAAAAAUAUGAGCCAUUGCAAGAUUAUUUGGCUAGGUUCAGUAGGGCAACAUUGGGCGUAAAGGAUCUCCAGAUCUUGGUGGUAGUCACUGCAUUAAUGAAUGGAACGCAAAAUCAGGCUUUUAAGAUGUCACUCUCAAAAAACCCCCCAGAGUUAAUGUAUGAACUAUUGAAAAAGGGAGAGAAGUAUGUAGACGCUGAGGAAGCAAAGAAGGUUCGCAGUCAAACAGAGCUAGAAGAGAUAAAAACCUUCACCCCUGUAAACGCUCCACGGGCAAAGAAAGUCAACGAUAGACCACCACCUAAGGCUAGAGUAAUAAAUGUGAUAGCUGGAGGGAUUACGACAGGCGGAGACUCGAAUUCAUCUAGGAAGGGCUAUGCUCGCACCGUUAGGGUUUGCUCCAUUUAA